GCGUCUAAGGAUCUCUGGAUUUGGCAUGCUUUUUUUUGGUUUACCUGGAUCGCACAAUGAUAUUAACGUUCUCCAGCGGUCUCCACUAUUUGCAAAGUUAUGCGAAGGUGAAGCACCCGAAGUUAAUUUUUCAAUUAAUAGCCACGAUUACAAAAUGGGAUAUUACCUUGCCGAUGGCAUAUAUCCAUCUUGGGCAACAUUUGUGAAGACCAUAGGACAACCACAGGGGAAUAAGCAAAAGUAUUUUGCUAAAGCACAGGAAGCUGUACGCAAGGAUGUAGAACGAGCCUUCGGAGUUCUACAAGCUCGUUUUGUAAUAAUUCGGGGUCAAGCACGUUUAUGGGACGUAGAGACAUUGGGAUAUGUCAUGAAAGCUUGUAUCAUCAUGCACAAUAUGAUUAUAGAAGACGAGGGUGAAGUGGACGCAGAUGAACGCUUCGACGAUGAAGAAGAAAAUGUACGAGCAUCCCAUCAUCGUACCCCUAAUCUUCUAGAAUUUAUCAAGACACGGAAAGAAAUUAGGGACAACGAAAGUCAUCAUCAGCUGCAGGAAGACCUAGUGGAGCACCUAUGGGAACAUAAGCCAGAUAAAUAUUGAUAUGCUCAUUUGGUCCAUGUAAUAAAGUGAUAGUACCUCUGCUUAUUGGAUUUAAUUGAUUAUGGUUCAUGUAAUACAGAAACAAAUAUGAGUGCAAACUGAUCUAAAAGAUAAGAUUUAUUCCUUGGUACUGCUAUGCCUUGGUACUGCAGAAGCAAAAAUGAGUACUCAAGUAAGAUUUAUCCCUCGCCG